AUGUCGGACGCUGCGGCUCCAAAGCUCAAGAACAUAAGUUCAUGGAAAUUGAACAAAGCAGAGGAAGAACAGUUGAAAACCCGUGUGGCAAACGGGGAAGAGGAGCUGACUGUCAAAAGGGCCCUCCAGAAGUUGAAAGCGGAAGCGGCUUUGUCGAGAAAGACUGCCGCUAACGCGGUUGCUCAGAAAUCUGCUCGGCAAAGUCAAGGGAGCGCAAAGGCCAAAGCAAAGGCCCCUGUGCCUUCCCAGGGAGACUCUGUGUCAGAUGCUGAAUUGAACGACGCGACGAACAAGCAUUACUACGCUCUGGUCCAGCAGGACCUCGCAACGAUCUUUGAACAUUUUGGACCGCAGUUGGCAACCGAAUUUUGUUUGCCGAUUGGCUGCGGCCAAGAGAGCGGUGUCCAGGAUGUAUAUGAUCGUCAAAAGGGGAUUACAUCCCUGAAGCAGCACUCUGUCUACAGAUGCAGCGUGUCUGCAUUCUGGAUCAACGCUUUGAGCAGUGCGACCCCAGGGGUCCCCAUGAGCCGGAAGAGAGUUGAAGAUCUGAGCGCUUUUCAUUUUCCAGGUGCGCAGCCAAAAUUCAUGACGGAUCGCAUGAUUGAAAUCGCAUGUUCAGAGGCGGAUCUGACAGAUGAGCCUCGGAAUUUGCAGAUGAUCAGCCCAGAAGAACUUUUGCACAGCCUUUUGCACGCCUGUGCUUCGGCUAUCAAGCUCUCAUCAGCAUUGGAUAGCGCAGUGUGGGCCGAGCUGAGAAGCAAAUGGAAAUCUGUGUUGCUGAGCGUCCCGGCAAGUUUCAAUGAGAUUCAGCAGAGCGACUUGUGGAAAACAGCUUGGAACAAGCGGCAGGCCGUGGUCCAACAACACGAAUCCCUCUCUAGGACAGCCUUGCAAAGUGCCAUGGAAGUGGCCCAGCUGAAGGCGCUGAUUGAAUCUGGUAGCAGCUCGAAGCUAACACCUAGCCAGCUCUCUUCGGCUUUGUUGGCUGCAGGUCUUCAGCAGGUGGUGAGUGGGUCCGCGAAAGCCAAAAAGGAUGAUGAAGAAUGUGGAACAUUAUCCGCAAAUUUCAUCAGCAGUGCCUUGAGUGUACAAAGAGUCGUGCUGAGUUCUCCCCGCUGUGUUGAACUCUUGCUUGAUAUGGAAGCCUCCUUCGGGACACAGAGCCCUUUUCACAUGAUGUCCAAAUUGGCUUGCUUGGCAACGAAGCCUACCUCGGCGAAGACGCGGGAGUGGGUCUUGUCCUGUGUGCAUGAUUUUGUGAUGCACGGGGACAUGUCCCCUUCAGAGAUCACCAAGGGAAGCUUGAUGGGCACCAAGCACCACGUGGGCAUUAUCCAGCUGUGCGAAUGCAAGUUGAAGGUUUCUGGCUUGCAAUACCGGGAGGGAUGGAAGUCGGAGCCGGCGUUGAUGAAUUUCAUAGGAAUAGAAUCAGCUUGUUGA